GAGAGAGAGAGAGAAGAAGGCUGCAGACUUUCAGACCGGAGAGGAAGAGGAGAGGAGGAAGAAGAAGAAGAGAUAGAGGAGUCUCCAUCUUCGCCAUGCCAAUGGAGGUGAAUGUGGGUGAAAAGCGCCAUCGAACACGAUCCAAAGGAGUCCGAGCCGCCGUGGAAGCAGUAACGCAGGAGCUGUUCAGCUGUCCCACCCCCGGCUGUGACGGCAGCGGCCAUGUCAGCGGGAAGUACGCCAGGCAUCGCAGCGUCUACGGCUGCCCGCUGGCCAAGAAGAGGAAGGCUCUGGAAAAACAACCGCUGGAGCCGGCUGCCAAGAGGAGGCCCUUCCUCACCUCCUGCCCCGGCGAGGAGGACGAUGAGGAGGAGGAGGAGGAAGAGGAGGACGACGCCGGGGCCUACGCCGGCUACGAGAACGAAGCCGGGGAGGUGGGCCGGCAGGGGAAGGAGCAGGGGGAGGUAGUGGAGGACGAGGAGGAGGAGGAAGAGAGGGAGGGAGACGAGGAAGAGGACGGAGAGGUGGAGGACGAGUUCUCAGAGGAGCCGGGAGAGGAGGAGGAGGAGGAGGAGGAAGAGGAGGAGAUCGAAGUGGAUAGAGCGGAUCCCAUGGGUGGCGGCAGGGCGGCGGAAGAGGAGGAGGAGGAAGAGGAGGAGGAAGAGGAGGACGAGGGGAUGGACGAGGAGGAGGAAGAGGUGGACGAUGGCGACGAUGAGGAGGAGCAGGAUGACGAGCAGGAAGAGGAGGAGGAGGAAGAGGAGCAGAAUCAGCUGGCAGAGAGCCACUACAAACCCGGUGGACAAUCAAAGCUUAUCCCAAUUCAAAAGGACGACAACAACAACAGCUGCGCCAUCGGCGCCGCCGGGAACGGCACCGGCGAGGAGUACGAGAACUACGACGAGCUGGUCGCCAAGUCGCUGCUCAACCUGGGCAAGAUCGCCGAGGACGCCGCCUACCAGGCCAUGACCGAGUCCGAGAUGAACAGCAACUCCUCCAACAGCGCCGGCGAGGACGAGGAGGAGGAGGACGACGACGACGGCAGCGAGCAGGGCGACCGGAAGGGCGAGCUGAGCGUGGACCUGGACAGCGACGUGGUGAGGGAGACCGUGGACUCCCUCAAGCUGCUGGCGCAGGGCCACGGCGCCAUGCUGCCCGAAGACGGGUACCCGGAAGGCGCCAUGGGGAACGACUGCGGCCACGCCAACGGGCGGCCCGGCCUGGGCGUGCGGGCGGACGAGAGCGAGGAGGAGGUGUGCCUCAGCAGCCUGGAGUGUCUGAGGAACCAGUGCUUCGACCUGGCCCGCAAACUGAGCGAGACCCAGCCGUCUGACCGCCCCCCCCAUGCAACCCUCCACCACCACCUCCAGAACCCCUCGGACCAUCACGCAGUCCACCACUUGAACAGGUAUGAGAGCUGCCAGCAGGGCGGUCAGGACGAGCGCAGCUACUCCGACAUGGUGAACCUGCUGAAGCUGGAGGAGCAGCUGAGCCCGGCGUCCAGAGGCUACCCGGGCAGCUGCAGCCAGGAGGGCGACGAGGACACCACGUCGGUGGCCUCCGACCGCUCCGACGAGACCUUCGACAUGGCCAAGGGAAACCUGUCGCUGCUGGAGAAGGCCAUCGCCCUGGAGUCGGAGAGGGCGAAGGUCAUGAGGGACCGCAUGGCCUCGGAGCACGGCGGGCCCAGGCGGGACCACAACCACCACCACCACUACCACCACCAUCACCAUCACCAGCGCGGCCACGGCGAGGACAGCCCCAGGCUGAGCAGCGGCGCCGAGGAGCGCAAACCCAGGAUGCACCACGACGGGUUGAAGAGGGCGUACUACCCUAAAGAAUCCUCCCGGGGCGAGAAGAAGGAGAGCAAGUGUCCCACGCCGGGCUGCGACGGCACCGGCCACGUGACGGGUCUGUACCCGCACCACCGCAGCCUGUCGGGGUGCCCCCACAAAGACCGGGUCCCCCCUGAGAUCCUUGCCAUGUAUGAGAAUGUUUUAAAGUGCCCGACUCCCGGCUGCUCCGGACGGGGUCAUGUCAAUAGCAACAGGAACUCGCACCGCAGCCUGUCCGGUUGCCCCAUCGCCGCUGCAGAGAAGAUGGCAAAGGUCCAUGAGAAGAGUCACUCCACCGACAGCGGCAGUAAGACCAAUCAGACGUCAGACCGGGUCCUCAGGCCGAUGUGCUUCGUGAAGCAGCUGGAGAUCCCUCAGUACGGCUACAAAAACAACGUUCCCACCAGCACGCCGCGCUCCAACCUGGCCAAGGAGCUGGAGAAGUACUCCAAGACCAGCUACGACUACGGCGGCUACGACAACCAACACAGCGGCUACGGGAAGAGGAUCCCCUCGGGCAAGUCCCACCACGGGCGGGACACGUCCCCGAAGGGCUACGAUGCCAAGCGCUACUGUAAGACAUCCAGCCCGGCCAGCAGUACGACCAGCAGCUACGCUCCCAGCAGCAGCAGCAGCCUGAGCUGUGGAGGAGGAGGAGGAGGAGGAAGCGGCGGCGGCGGCGGCGGCAGUGGGGGAGGAGGAGGAGGAGGAGGGGGCGGGGGAGGGGGAGGAAGCAGCGCCAGCAGCACCUGCAGUAAGAGCAGCUUCGACUACACCCACGACAUGGAGGCGGCCCACAUGGCGGCCACGGCCAUCCUCAACCUGUCCACGAGGUGCCGGGAGCUCCCGCACGCCCUGGGAGGGAAACCCCAGGACCUGCUGACACAGAGUCCGGUGGGCGACCUGGACGACAGCGGCCCGGUAGACGUGGCCGGCCAGCCGGGCGGCCUGGAGGGCAGCGGGACGGUGCUGACCCCCCUGCAGCCCAUGUCGCCCCAGCGCCAGGCCCUGCUCAGCAGCCGCUGCUACCAGCUGAGCGACACCGACUGCUGGGAGCUGCCCGUCGACUACAACAAGAUCAAGAGGCUGGGCGACGAGCAGGAGCACAAAGAGAGCGACGAGCUGGACCCCUUCCAGGACCUGCUGGACGAGCAGCGCUACCCGGCCGAGGUCACCAUGCCCAGCCCCAAACACCACAAGUACCCGCCCUGCAAGGAGAGCAAGAAGGAGCUCCUCACGUUGUCGAGCUGCCAGUUAGCGGACAAGAACAUGCGCGGGAUGAUGACGUCCAACUCCCAGGAGCUCAAGUGUCCGACGCCCGGCUGCGACGGAUCCGGGCACAUCACUGGAAACUACGCCUCCCACAGGAGCCUGUCCGGGUGUCCACGAGCCAAAAAAAGUGGCAUCAAAAUCCUUCACAGCAAAGAGGACAAGGACGACCAAGAGCCAAUCAAGUGUCCGGUCCCCGGCUGCGACGGUCAGGGUCACGUGACGGGGAAGUACGCCUCUCAUCGCAGCGCGUCGGGCUGCCCCCUGGCGGCCAAGAGGCAGAAGGACAGCUACGUCAACGGCUCGCAGUUCGUCUGGAAGUCCGGCAAGACGGACGGCAUGACCUGCCCGACCCCGGGCUGCGACGGCUCGGGACACGUCAGCGGGAGCUUCCUCACCCACCGGAGUCUCUCCGGUUGUCCCCGGGCCACCUCAGCCAUGAAGAAAGCCCGCAUGAGCGGCGUGGAGAUGUUGACAAUCAAGCAAAGAGCAAGCAAAGGCAUCGAAAACGAUGAAGAAAUCAAACAGCUGGAUGAAGAAAUCAAAGAUCUGAACGAGUCUAACAAUCAAGUGGAGUCAGACAUGAUAAAGCUGAGGACACAAAUCACCACCAUGGAGACCAACCUCAAGUCCAUCGAGGAGGAGAACAAGGUGAUCGAGCAGCAGAACGACUCGCUGCUGCACGAGCUGGCCAACCUCAGCCAGUCGCUCAUCAACAGCUUAGCCAACAUCCAGCUUCCACACAUGAGACCGCUGCCACAGAAAGAGGCCCCAGUAAAGCAUAACUGCUGUUUACAGAUGCCUCCCAGAGAGCCGAUGAACGAACAGAACUUUGACACUUACGUGAGUACGUUGACAGACAUGUACACCCACCAGGACCAGUACCAGAGCCCCGAGAACAAGGCGCUGCUGGAGAACAUCAAACAAGCCGUGCAGGGAAUCCAAGUCUGAUCCCCGAAAUCACAAAUGCAAAGCAAAAACAACAGGAAAAAAAAAAAA